CUGAGGCUGUGGAAUCAUCGACUGGAAUCAUGCUAAGCCACUCUCUCUCCAUUUCCAAUUCCAAAUACAAAUACAACAGCAGUCUCAUCAAACACCACCCAAAUGCCGCUUUCUCACUCAAAUUCCAUGCCCCAAUUAGGGUUCAUUGUUCCACCUUCCGCCCACAAUCCUCAGUUUCUCUGUCAACCCAGAGCUACACAAUUGGGUACUUCCCGACCCAGUGGUCAAGAACCCAGGUAUAUCUCUGUUGGUGCUCUCAAAACCCUAAAUUUCAAUGCUUCCAAGAAGCUCAGUAACCAAAAAACACUACAGCUGGGCAGUUUCAGACCCGGAAACCAAGAACAGAGAAUUCUGUGUUUUGAUCCUUUGAGAAGCCAGAAUUUCAAGCUUGAUGACUUGGGUUUAGGGUUUUACGGGGUGAUUCGGAGGAAGAGGAAUUUCAUUGUUGGUUCAAAAUCGGUGUUGAGUGUUGAUAAAGUAAUGGAGAAUGAAGGAAGUGUGGGAGUGGACAUGAAUAGCUCCUUUGAUGCAAUUGUUAUUGGGUCUGGGAUCGGCGGGUUGGUUGCAGCGACCCAGCUAGCUGUGAAGGGAGCAAAGGUUUUAGUGCUGGAGAAGUAUGUGAUUCCUGGUGGAAGCUCUGGGUUUUACCAGAGAGAUGGGUACACAUUUGAUGUUGGGUCAUCUGUCAUGUUUGGUUUCAGCGAUAAGGGUAAUUUAAAUUUGAUAACGCAAGCAUUGGCGGCGAUUGGUUGUAAGAUGGAAGUGAUACCUGAUCCAACUACUGUACAUUUUCAUUUGCCUAAUAAUCUUUCUGUCCGAGUACACAGAGAAUACAGUGAAUUUAUUGCAGAACUUACUAGUAAAUUUCCCCAUGAAAAGGAUGGGAUACUCAAAUUCUACAAUGAAUGUUGGAAGGUUUUCAAUGCUUUGAAUUCAAUGGAUUUGAAGUCACUUGAGGAGCCAAUUUACCUUUUUGAACAGUUCAUGAAGAAACCUCUUGAAUGCUUGACACUUGCCUACUAUUUGCCCCAAAAUGCUGGAAACAUAGCUCGGAAAUAUAUAAAGGACCCCGUGUUGCUGUCUUUUAUAGAUGCUGAGUGUUUUAUAGUGAGCACAGUAAAUGCUUUGCAGACACCUAUGAUAAAUGCAAGCAUGGUUGUGUGUGACAGGCACUUUGGGGGAAUUAACUACCCUGUUGGUGGGGUUGGUGGAAUUGCAAAGUCUUUGGCGAAAGGCUUGGUUGAUCAGGGCAGUGAAAUACUUUACAAGGCAAAUGUGAAAAGUAUUAUCAUGGACAAUGGAAAGGCUGUUGGAGUGAGGCUUUCAGAUGGAAGGGAGUUCUUUGCAAAAACCAUAAUAUCAAAUGCUACAAGAUGGGAUACAUUUGGCAAGCUUCUGAAAAGAGAAGAUGUUCCUAAAGAAGAAGAAAAUUUUCAGAAAGUUUAUGUUAAGGCCCCCUCUUUUCUUUCCAUUCAUAUGGGGGUUAAAGCUGAGAUUCUUCCAUCAGAUACAGAUUGCCACCAUUUUGUUCUAGAGAAUGACUGGACAAGUUUAGAGGAUCCUUAUGGAAGUAUAUUUUUGAGCAUUCCAACUGUUCUUGAUUCAUCAUUGGCUCCAGAAGGACACCAUAUUCUUCACAUAUUUACAACUUCUUCAAUAGAGGACUGGGAGGGGCUCUCUCUAAAGGAGUAUGAGGUAAAGAAGGAGAUUGUGGCGGAUAAAAUCAUAAGCAGAUUGGAAAAGAACCUAUUUCCAGGUCUUAAAUCUUCCAUUGUUUUUAAGGAGGUGGGGACACCAAAGACACAUAGGCGGUACCUGGCUCGUAUAAAUGGUACCUAUGGACCAAUGCCACGCCAAACUCCUAAGGGCUUAUUGGGAAUGCCAUUCAACACCACUGGUGUAGAUGGCCUGUACUGUGUGGGAGAUAGUUGCUUUCCAGGACAAGGUGUUAUAGCUGUUGCUUUUUCUGGAGUAAUGUGUGCUCAUCGUGUAGCUGCUGACAUUGGACUGGAGAAAAAGUCCCCCAUAUUGGAUGCAGCUCACCUUAGAUUACUUGGUUGGUUAAGGUCAUUGGCAUGAGAGGAGGUAUGUUAAAAUAGAAGAAAUAUUCUGAUCAUUGGGGUGAAAGCAUUUAGUAAUGAUAUAGCAAGUUGAGGCAUGAAGAUAUGCAACCUAUCUUUCUCUUGAGUAGAUUGGGCGGCCACCAAAGGCACAUUGAAGUAUUCUGCGACAUUGGUAUUUAAUCAAUUUUAGCAAAUAAACAAAUUUUUAGUUGUAAAUAUUAUUUGGACUUUGGAAUAUAAUUGGGUACAAAAGCGACAGACUGCUAUUUAUAUCGAUUUAAGAAUUGUUUAAUUAUUACAAAUGAUUGCACAUAUGAUUGUUACUCUUACAUUAUCUAUGAUGUAUAAACAGUGAAAUUCUACUAAUUUGUUGAUUUUUCUGUGUUUAUAA